GUUUAAUUAGGGAAAUAUUCUGGAAUCAAACAGCGAUAUUACAAAAACGAGCAUGCGAUAAGUACCCGAAGACUGUAAACUUGCGUAUAAAUGGCCUUUUAUUGAUGGUUAGGUGUACAUGGGCUGUGCUUGUGUUUAUUAUAAUUUGGACAGGGUGUGACUAGCAUGUUUUCAAGUUUGGGAAUUCACUUGAGACACUCCACUCGAGACCACCGUUAUGAAAUGCGCAAAGUGUGAGAGGCUGUGCAGCAUCGAGGACUGUAUUGCGGGGGUUGGGACUUACUCGCGGCACGGCUACAUCUUGGCUUCCCUCGCUGGCUACGUGCUGAAGAAAAAUGAGGGAGAAGAGCUGCCAGUGAUCUCUGUUGUGAGAGAGACAGAAGCUCAGCUCCUGCCUGAUGUUGGUGCCAUAGUAACUUGCAAGGUGACCAGUAUAAACCCAAGGUUUGCUAAGGUUCACAUCCUUUAUGUGGGGUCAACCCCCCUAAAGGACAAAUUCAGAGGAACGAUAAGAAAAGAAGAUGUCCGAGCAACAGAAAAAGAUAAGGUGGAGAUCUACAAAAGUUUCAGACCUGGAGACAUUGUUCUAGCAAAAGUGAUCUCCCUGGGUGACGUACAGUCCAAUUACCUCCUGACGACAGCAGAGAAUGAGCUGGGGGUAGUGGUGGCGCACAGUGAGGCAGGGGCACAGAUGGUGCCCAUCAGCUGGUGUGAGAUGCAGUGCCCCAGAACUCAUGCCAAGGAGUUCCGGAAGGUGGCGAGAGUGCAGCCAGAGUACCUUCAGGCAUGAAGUCACAGAUGAACUCUCCUGAGACAGUAUCCCAACAGAGAACCUGGAGCACACAGCCUCCCAAGAGACACCUUCAUUAUUUACUCAUUGGAAAACUGAACGGAAAAUAAAUGUAUCUUCAGAACAUGUCACAUGAACUGGAGAGGGCAUUGUUUUUGAAGUCUGAAGGUACCCUGUUCCUCCCAGUCAAGGACACUUAAACAUUAAGAAGAACUUGAUUACAGCGUAUUUUACAGUAGAUUCAAAUACAAGUUUUAUGUUGAUGGAUUUAAAUGCUCCAUGUGAAAAAAGACCCAAUUUAAUAAAAGAGUAAACUAUUUUAUAACAGAC